AUGGCAGAGCAAAUUGUUUCUUCAAUCGCUGGGAAGGUCGCAGACAGUCUAUUUGAUGCAGCUCGCCAUGAGCUUGGUUACUUGUUUUAUUACAACGACAACAUUGAAAACUUGAAAAAGCAAGCUAAGAAGCUGGCAGAUAGCAAAGACAAUGUGCAACUGAAAAUAGAAUCUGCAAAAAGAAAUGGAGAAAUCAUCUUGGUUGAUGUUCAAAGUUGGAUAGCUGAAGCUGAUAAUAUUUCCAAAAAAGCUGAAAAGUCUUUUGAAGAUGAAGACAAAGCCAACAAGAGGUGUCUCAAAGGAUGGUGCAUUAAUCUCGGACAACGCUACCGAUUCAGUAAGGAGGCAGAGGAGCAUACUCUGGUGAUUGAUCAGCUCCAGGAAGUGGGAAAGUUUGAGAGCGUGUCUUGUCCUGCUCUUCCAUCUGGAAUUAUAUCAUCAUCUAAAGUAUUUUAUUCUGGCCCUUUUGAAUCUAGAAAUUCAAUCAAGAAGAAAGUUAUGAAGGCCUUAAUUGAUGGUGACAGUGUCAGCAUAAUUGGAAUAUGUGGAAUGGGGGGUGUGGGUAAAACCACACUAGUUAAAGAAAUCAGCCAACAUGUAAAAGAAGCUAAAAUGUAUGAUGGCAGUUGUGAUGGCAGUUGUCUCUCAAACCCCUAG